GUGACCUAUCAUACUGUUGUGCUUGUGUUUGUGAAUUAUCAUAUUGCAUCAACAAUCAUGAGAUCCUCUCAUUCACUGUGUCUUGUUUAUAUAUGUUAAUGGGCAUUCAAAUAGCUGGACACAUUUAUGUCGACAUUACUACCUUGUGAAUGGCAGCAAUCUUUCUAGAAAGUUGACUUUCAAUAGCUGAUGUUCACCUCUUCAAUUUUCAGGACUUUGCAAAUAAUGGGGGAGAAUAAAUCAAUGGGAAAAAGAUGGGAGGACAUGGACACUGAUGUCCUUGUGAAGAUAUUCAAGGAGUUGAACUUAGUUGAGCUGUCACCCGUAUCUCAAGUUUGUCGUUUGUGGCGUUUGGCCUGUUCAGAUCCACUUAUUUGGAGCACUCUUGACUUUGGUUUGCUGAAAUCCAAUUAUAUUCAGACAAGGGCAUCUCCAUAUAUUUGGGUUGAUGAUAGGUCUGACAAGAGGCUUGCAAGAAUAUUACGGGUGGCUAUGUCAAUAAGCUGUGGAACUGUUAGUUGCAUGAUAUUUCAUUACAAUCUGUACAUGAAGGAUGAACACCUACAUUACAUCUCAGAGAGAUCUCCUCACCUAAAACGAUUGGUUAUGCCAGCAUGGAACCGGAUUACCAGAUUCGGAAUUUGCCAGGCUAUUCAAAGGUGGGAAGAGCUGGAGUCCCUGACAAUGCCUACCAUUGGCCAUCCGCCGUACAUCAUGGAAGAGAUAGCGAGGAGCUGCAAGAACUUUGCAGAACUCAAGGUCAUGGGCUCAUUCGACGACCUCUUUGCAUCGGCGAUUGCCACCCACCUUCCAAAGCUGAAAGUCUUAAGCCUGCGCUGCUCAAAAGUGACCAUGAGUGCCUUGCUAUGGUUACUGGAUAACAUGGCAAAUCUUGAGGUUCUGAACAUUUCGCACUGCCUGCUGUUUGAGAUCGUGACCACCGGUCGGAGGCAAGUGAUCCAUGAGCUGGAUGACAAAACCCUUGAGAAAGCUUCCCGCUUGCGGGAGUUCCACCACUGCCAGAGCAGAUCAUGCCUUGCCUGCCAGCGGAUGAUGGUGGACGAAGGUAUCAUGCGGUGGUACAGGUACGAGGACUGGUUUUGGCGCCGGGAUGAGGUGAGCUCACUUGAUCUGCAGGACUAUGGGAGGCUGUUCGAUGCAGAGUGCGAGGCAUUGACAGCGGUGGAUUAGAUGUUAAUGAUCAGGAAAUUAAGCCUACCUCCUCAUUAGGAAGUUGUUUGACCAGACAUUUUCAUAAAUCAUAGCAAGCACCGAGAAGCUGUAACCUAGAGUAAUAAUCAUAAUAAUGGUAACAAUAAUGUGCAUGCAUGGUGGUGGUGUGGUUAGAUGUUGUAAAUGCAUGAAUAGUUCGUCUCUGUCUUGUUUGAAGAAUGGCGCUUAUCAUCUCC